CAAGUUAACGAUAUAUCGAUCAGGGUAACUACUACUUACUAUUAAUCCCAGUAUCAAAACCAUUUUUGCUUUUUGGUUCAAAGUCAAAAUUAAUGGCGACGCAUAUUGUUAAUGGCGGAAAGGAGAUUAUAGAGGAGGAAGAGAAGGCAUUAAUCGCUUCAUCAUCUUCAUUGAAGCAGAUGCCUUUCUUAUCACUCAAUCACGUCUCCUUUAUCUGCAAAUCUGUUCGUAGAUCCGUCAAGUUUUACAGCGAUGUUCUGGGAUUCGUUCUUAUCAGACGUCCUUCCUCCUUCGACUUCGAAGGCGCUUGGUUGUUCAGCAAUGGGAUUGGAAUACAUUUGUUAGAAGUUGAGAGGACUCCAACAAAAACAGGAGCUAUCAAUCCAAAAGACAACCAUAUUUCGUUUCAGUGUACAGAUAUGGAUCUCAUAAUCAAGAAACUUGAACGAUUGGGUAUCAAGUAUGUGACAGCGGUGGUGAAAGAAGGUGGUGUAGAGGUGAACCAGUUAUUCUUCCAUGAUCCAGAUGGUUACAUGAUUGAGAUCUGCAACUGCCAUGUUCUUCCUGUGCUUCCGAUCACCUCAUUCCCCCUCAAAAAGCUCCCAGCAGCUCCACAGAUCGACAAUGGCGGAUCCUCCUUCUAUGAGAAUAUGAGCUCCGAGAAUUACUAUUGUGGAGAAGAUGAAGUGUUGAUGAUGGACAAUUUUUUGGUAGACAUGAUGGGUAUCUCCUUUUAAGAUCAUACAAAAGAAAAUUAAAUAGAGUGAGCUGGAUUCAGGAAGAUUUUUUUGUAUCAUUUGCUAUAUUUUUCAUUAAAAGGAGAGUUAUUAAUCUGUGUACGUAAUUGUAUAAAAGUAGUGGAAGAAGAAACAAAACCCCU